AUCAUUCUAGACAUGGCCUCCAACCUGGGCAUGUACAUUUACAUAUAAUUAUUGCUUGCUCGUACUUGGAGCCUCUAUAUUUCCCAGACCACAUUCAUGGUGUUCGAAAUCGCAGCCCCAGACGCGAUUACGCAAUGGUCCGACCUUACGACCCGACCUUGACGGAAACCGCAGUCCGAGUAGACCCUCGAGACUCGAGGGAAUACGCCGGCAACCAAGAAGCGUCUCCCCUCUAUGACAUAUGCCACCACCCGGAGAAGUACACUAACGUGCGGUAUUUCGAUCGGGAGAUGGUUGUGCUCGACGAUGCGAACGCAAAGUCACCCGACCACGUCAUCCUCAUGCCGCGAGACACGUCAAUCAAAGAGAUGGCCUGCUUGAAGACCAAACACCUUCCGCUGCUGUAUCGAUUCCGCGACCAAGCGCACAGGGAGAUCGAGCGCAUGAUGCGGGUCGAUCCCGGGAGGAUCCCGAUGUUUCGGGUCGGCUUCCACACGAUACCCAGCCUCUUCCCCCUCCACUGCCACGUGCACGACUGCUCCCUCAGCACCGACAAGAUGUUCCAUGCCCGGCACUGGAAGGUCAACUUCUCCAACAUGUUCGUCGCCUUGGACAGGGUCAUCGAGGAGAUCGAACGGACCGGGCGGAUCGAGGUGGAUGCCGACGCCUACAGGCACGACUGGCGGACCAGGCCGAUCCGCUGCCCGGUGUGUCCCGGCCGGCAACCCCAGUGGGAGGCCGACAUCACCGAGCUCGCCGCCCACUGGCGCCGACACGUCGACGAGUGGAAGUCCGGCCGGGCCCCGCUCCCGCCCAACGUCACGCCGGCAAGGCUUUGGGAGCCGUCGUACCCGGUCAUCUUGACCACCCGGAGGCGCUCCGGCUUCCUGGGUCUCCUCGGCGAUGAGCUGGACCACUUGAAGGCAGAGUUCCCGGGGCUCGAGAUCCACUCCUACUACACAGACGAGUGGCCACGGAUCCCCAAGUACGUGCUCGACAAGACCACCGUCUACCUCUCGGCGGCUGAGCUGCCGCCGCCCGGGUACAGCCUCCCGCGGCUCGAAUGGGUCCACCUCGGCUCCUCGGGGCUCGACCUGCUCGCGGCGCACCCGUACAACACCCACCACCAUCGCGGCCUCCGCGUGACCUCGAGCACGGGCUCCGGCUCCGAGGCCGUCGCCGAGUGGGUGCUGAUGAACACCAUGUUCCUGACCCGCCGCAUGGGCGCCGCGCUCCGGAACCAGGCCGGGCGCGAGUGGGCGCCUCGGGCGCUGACGGGCUUCCGGACCAUCAGCCAGCUGUCGGUCGGCAUCGUCGGCUUCGGCUCCAUCGGCCGGCACGUCGCCGAGCGCUUCCUCGCCCUGGGCGCCAGGAAGGUCACCGCCGUCAACACGACCGGCCCGCCCCUGUCGUCGUCGUCAUCAUCCUCCCCCUGUGGCUACUCGCGGCUGGGCGAGGUGACGGUCCUUCCUCUCCUCCAACGAGGGGGAGAUGGAAAGCCCGAAGCAAGAGGUGGUGGCGGCGACGACGACGACGAAAAGGACGGCCUGCGUGAGUUCCUCCGCGACCAGGACGUCCUCGUCCUGGCCGCCCCGCUCACGCCGGAGACGCGCGGGCUGAUCGGCGGGGCCGAGCUGGCGGCGCUGCCCCUGGGCGCCGUCGUGCUCAACGUCGCGCGCGGGCCCCUGCUGGACGAGCGCGCCCUGGCCGAGCGCCUCCGGAGCGGGCACCUGGCCGGGGCGGCCAUCGACGUGGCCGACCAGGAGCCCCUGGAUGCGGCGAGUCCCCUCUGGGACGUGCCGAAUCUCGUCAUCACCCCCCACGUAUCCGCUUUCCACAGCAAGUACAACCAAAACAUGCUCGCCAUCUUUGAACACAACUUGCGAGCUCACCUCUGCCACAGGCCGGUAACGGAAAUGAGGAAUGUGGUUCAGCUGCCAGUGCCAUCCGAGCCGUCGCCGCUAGGCUCGAAAUCAAACGCGGCCCCGAAACGACCAACCAAGACCGCGUAUGCUGUCAAAGAGAGCAGCAGCAAAAACUAGAGCAGCGGCGGCGGCAAGUUGAUUGGUUAAUUAUGGCAUCAUAACGGGACAUGUACCCUGAAAAGAUUGGAAUUUGGCGGAGUCAGUGGGAAGCGCUGACCCCAAAGACAGACACCAAAGGUGUUACAGCUCAGCCGCCAUCUUUCUUUCCCUCUUCUCGAUUUUGGGGGA